AUGUUCUAUAAAUACUCACCAUAAAUUCACACUCUUGUACCUCAUCCAUAACUCUAGCUCGUAGCUUUCAUAAUACAGUAAGCUGUUUCCUCUGUUUUCAUCAGUCUUGUUUAUCUGCAAGUUUCAAACCUCUCAGAAUGGACAGCUCUGGAGCCAAGUUUGAACAGAAUCCUCCUCUGAAAGCCCAAAGAAUUUUCCAUCUUGCACAAAUUUUCCUGAGGCUUUUCGCCAUUGGUACUUCAUUGGCUGCAACAUGUGCGAUGGCCUCCGCAAAGCAAUCUGUUGUGGUCUUUGGCACCUCCUUUGAAGCUCGAUAUAGCUAUUCUUCCGCUUUCAAGUUUUUUGUUUUUGGAAAUGCUACGGCAUGUGGCUGCACAAUACUUUCCUUGUUCUACGUUUUCGUCCUUGGUCGACAGCAAAGCUCAAGCCCUAAAAAAUAUUUUUUCUUGUUCAUUCACGAUUUGGUGACGAUGAGCUUGGUGAUUUCUGCAUCUUCUGCAGCAACAGCAGUAGGCUAUAUUGGCAAAUAUGGCAACAACCACAUCGGCUGGGCAGCCGUUUGUGAUAACUUCGGCAAAUUUUGUAACAAAAUUGUAGUUUCUUUUACUCUCUCUUACUUCUCUUUCCUUUCCUUGAUGAUUCUUACUAUCAUCUCAGCACGCAGGUCUACACAAAUUCAAGUUUAAUCACAACUUUGUAAUGCCACUUGAUGUACGUAUGGUAUAAUGUUUCAGAAACAAUAAGCUCUGUUGUAAUUUGUAAACAAUAAGCUCUGUUGUAAUUUGUAGCUUUCGAAUCUACUUUUCUUCAGAAAA